CAUGUUAUUGAUCCUUGGCUGAAGAUAGAAUGUUUGGGCGAAAGUGACGAUUUAAAUAAUUCGCCAAUUGACCUGUCAUGGUAUAACGCAAAAGUUUACCCAAGGCCUAACAAAAGAUUGAAGAGAUCUGAUGGUUAG